CGAUAUUGUUCUCCCCCAAAUCGGAGUCAACUAAUUCAUAUGUGCAUGCGUCCCACUCCAUCGCAAGGGGGCCAUACAGUUAGUAGUUGGCAUUAAAAGGGAAAUUGCCCGCCAUCCUGCAUUUAAUUCUACUUUUACUUUCUUCAUACCCUCUCUCUGUUUUGAUUUGAUUUGAUUCAAUUUUCAUCCCCCCCAAACAAGAAUGGACGUGGAAGACCACAAAUCCCCUACUUCUAUGUCUAACAGAUCCUCCAACAAGAAAAGAGCAAGAAAUUGCUGCUUCAUCUGCCUCGCUCUCCUUCUCCUUCUAGGGCUUCUCUUACUCAUCUUGGGCUUAACAGUUUUCAAAACCAAAAAGCCUGUCACGACAGUAGAUGCCGUUUCCCUAGAUGAUUUGGAUGUUUCAUUUGACAUCGCUCGACUCCAAGUUCACCUCAAUGUCACCGUUAAAGCCGAUCUCUCUGUCCAAAAUCCCAACCGGGUCAGCUUCAAAUACGACACCACAUCUGCUCUACUCCAGUACAAGGGACAAGUUAUCGGAGAUGCCCCUCUUUUGGCCAGCAAAAUUGGCUCCCGUCAAACGCAUCCAAUGAAUAUUUCCCUCACCGUCAUGGCCGAUCGAUUACUUUCCGACUCCAGUUUGUAUUCCGAUGUUAUGGCCGGUGCGUUACAUCUCACUACUUACGUCAAAUUGUCUGGGGUUGUCCAUCUUCUAUUCAAGAUUCGUGUCAAGACUUCCUCUACCUGCGAUUUGUUCAUCGAUGUUCUUAACAGGAGGCUCCUUAAUCAGACUUGUCAUUAUAAGACGAAGCUGUGAUUUGUUUUAUUUAUUUUCUCUUCUUCUGUAUGUAAGUAUCCUUGUCCCACACUUAGAUUCGAUUCGAUUUCGAUUUCAGAAUACUACUACUAUCAUUUUUAUUAGAUCCCACUUAAUAUAUAUACAAAUAUCUUGUCCUCUCUAUUUGCUUUCUACACUUUCUCUCUACUACAUUUGUGUUUAUCAAAUACAAUUUUGUCGUA